CGUGUGCAUGUGGCACUUGAGGGCAUGGCUUAGUGGGGGUGGUGCUGCUGGGGGAAUGGCUGGACUUGGUGGUCUUAGAGGGCUUUUCCAAGCUUUACAAUUCCAUGGUUCUAUGAUUCUUUAGAUCCUGGCCCUAACCCUCCUGCAAGGAUCGUGGGAUGCUCAGGUGUGGGUCUGCCAUGGGAUCACAGUCCCCCUUGGCACCCUGUGGCCACAGGACAGCCUCUGGGGUGAGACUGUGGCCACAUCCCACCAUUCACCUUUGCUUUUCUAACCAAAGUUCUGGAAGAAUCAGGCCUGGGGUUCUGUAUUCAUUUGUUGCAUUAACACAUUUUAGGUGGUGUUUAUUUUGUUUGUUUUGGUGACCUGGGAUCAUUGCAUUGGUGCUCUCAGGGAAAGGUGGAUGUUUUCAGCAGAAAUAGGUGGAUCUCAAAGAUUUUAGGUACUUUACAAGCAGGGACUGCAUGAGCAUUGGUAAGAUUUUUCUGUUAAAAUUAGCGGCAGUGAAGCAGUUGACUGUGAUGACAUUUGAUAUUUCGGUCUGUUGAAAUGAAUGAGGUGGAUGAAUGACAAGUCGUGGAUUUGGGAAUAUGAGAACAUUAACAUAACAAUAGUUGAUCAGCCAGGUUUUCAACUAUCAAGAUAUUUUGUACAGCCUGAAAAUCAUAUCAGAAUCUUCUCUGCCAUGUUUCAAGCAGCCAAGGGGCAGAUCAUUUCACCUGAGCUAUAGCCAGAGGAGUUGCAUGCAUAAAACUAUGUUAAUUUUAAAAGUUGGAGAAGAUGUAAGAGGAGGAAUUCACAAACUAGAGAAGACAAGGAUGGCAAGUGUUUCUGCUCCAUGAGAAGCUUUUCCAGAGGAUUGUGGCUAUCUUUAAAGACAAUCUCAGUGAAAAAUAAGUGUGUAUAUGAAGAGUCAGUUGACAGUUCCUCUCUGAAAUGUCCAGUGGAUGGACAGACCUUUAAGGACAGCCAUGCAUAGACACUGAGAGUCUCUUGUAGCAAUACUCACAACAGCUCUCCCUCUUUCAAUAGGAAAAACAUCAUGGGGUUGUCUUGGACUCAGUAUUCCCUUUUACUGCAAAACUGCAAAGUAUAUCCCAAGACUUCCCUCUCCUGAGGGAUUUUGUUGGCAGUGUGGUGCUGGAAGCGCAGUGUUUGCAGGUCCUGAAUGCACUCAGCACUGGCUCUUGCUGCUCCAGGGAUUCUCCAACCCCAGCAAGAUCUGGAGGCCACAGAGGGACUUCAUUUCUCCCUCUUUGACCCGAGGGAUAACCUCAGAGACCUGGAGUCUGUGAGGAAGCAGGAUCUCAGAAGAAUCAUAGAUCAUAUAAUGGUUUGACAUGGAGAGGACCUUACAGACCAUCUCGUUCCACCCUUGCCAUGGGCAGGGACACCUCCCACUGUCCCAGGUUGCUCCAAGCCCCAUCCAACCCAGCCUUGGAUGCUGCCAGUGAUGGGGAGUCCACAACUCCCCUGAUUACCCCACUGUGAGUGAUUAACCCCAGAGGUUAAUCACUCCCUAUAACUGCUCCUCCAUCCCUCCGUGCUGUAGGAAAUUCCAGGUGCUGAGCUUUACUGGCUCAGCUCUCCUCUCUGAAGGGAGAGGAAAAAGCCACCAGGCCCUUCCCGCUGUGCAUCCUCUGUCCCUGCUGUAAAUCCCCUCUGUGCUCCCUUUCCAACUGACUGGUCCCUGCAGAGGAGCAGCCUCGGGGGCCUGUGGAGUUCCACAUCCCUCACACAGCUCUGAAGGACAGGAAAGGACAGCGGGGCCGGAUGCUGCUGUUCUGCGCCAGCGCCCUCCUUACUGCAAUUACAGCCCUGUUAGAAACCUCCACCUUAUUUAAAGAGACACUGUCAACUGCCUCAAAGCUCCUUUCUGCAAAAGGCUCCCAAGGCCACUGAGAUGUGUUCUUAAUGAGGAAGAGGAAAGCACUAAAGAGCACCGAUAAAGUAGAGGUGCUUUUCAUUUUUUAGGCUGUUGAAUCUAAUGAAUUAAAACUACUUCAAUUAAUCACUGUAGCCCCUUCUGCCAAAGUUAUCGUCUCAGUUUCCAGAUGAGAGGAGUGAGGCAAGAGGAGCUGAGUGAUGGGUUCAAGGUUGCUCUGUGAGUUUGCUGCAGAGGUCUGGGUUGUAAGGUGGUAAAGGAGACUGAAGCAGUGUUUGAUUGUUGGUAGCAGCAGGAAAUACUCCCCAGAGGCACCAUGGUGAGCUGUGAUGUAGUCCCUUCUCUAGGAGGUGCUCCAGCACAUGCAAUAUGGGAUUCAAGAUCUAAGGCUGGGUGAAUGCCAGGUCCUGGCUGGUCUGAUGGGCUGUGCUUAUCUGUGUACCACCAUGAAAGGCAUUUCCAGGCUGGGAGAAGGGCUUUACUGGGAAACUCCAGGCUCACCUUCCCUCACUUCAAAGACUGCAGAUCAUCAGGAACCCCCUGAACGUGUGUGUCCCUGCAGGGUCACUGCCAUGGUACUGAAGGUGUUCUUUCCAUCGUGCUGCUCCUCAGCAGACAGCGGCAUUUUGAUUGGCCGCUGGAUCUCGGAGCAGAACUCUGCUGUCAUCCUUGCUGUGGUGCACUUCCCCUUCAUCCCUGUGCAGGUGAAGCAGUACCUUGGGGAAGUCCAGCGUGUGACUAAAGUCAGUGUUUCUGUGCUUGGCUCAUGGAGCAAUAGCAAACAGGAGAAAGAAGAGAGUCUCAGUGAGUUCUUGGAAGACCUUGGGACCAUAUUCUGCCAUGAGCCAUGGAUCCAGAUAAGCAAAGAGGGAGACAGCAAAUUCUGGAGCUGUUCUGUCCUUCAGAAACACUCUAAGAACCCUCAGGAGGAAGAAAUCAUCUUGGUGUACUAUGACCAGCGCAAGGUCAUGCUUUCCCAUCUGCACCCCCCUUUGGACACAGCUGGCCCGGGGGCAGAGGAUGCCUCAAAGCUCUCGGCCAUCUUUGACACGGUGGCCAGGAGCCAGGUGCUGUUCAUGACAGACAGGUACGACGAGGGGCCCAUCAAGCUGACCCACUGGCAGUCGGAUGGGGUGGAGGCCAGCAUCAUCGUGGAGCUGCUGAAGCAGGCCUCUGUGCCUGCCUGCAUGCUGCUGACACUCCUGCUCUCUCUGCUCUCUGGGAUCUGCAGGAGCAGGGUGCUGAAGUUUUGGCCUUUGUCUUUCUUGUGGAGCAAACUCUCAACCUGUGAGCAGCUGGGACACCGCCUGCAGCACCUCCAGGUCAUCAGCAGCAACAAGAAGGCUCAAAACCAAAAUCAGCUGAUGAGGAAAGCCAACAUCUUUGUGUCUCUGCUGAUUGAUGUGGCCCUGGGGAUACUGCUGAUGUCGUGGCUGUACAGGAAGAACCGCAUUGGUCACCUUGCUGACACCCUCAUCCCUGUGGCUGAUCACGUGGCUGAAGAGCUGCAGGACCUGCUCCAGUGGCUGAUGGGAGCCCCAGCUGGACUGAAAAUGAACCGAGCCUUGGAUCAAGUCUUGGGCCGCUUCUUCCUUUAUCACAUCCAUCUGUGGAUCAGCUACAUCCACCUGCUGUCCCCGUUCAUUGAGAUGAUCCUGUGGUACGUGGGGCUGUCGGCCUGCCUGGGGCUGACCGUGGCUCUCUGCAUCCUGUCCGACAUCAUCGCGCUCCUCACCUUCCACAUCUACUGCUUCUAUGUCUACGGGGCCAGGCUCUACUGCCUGAAGAUCUACGGCCUGUCCUCUCUGUGGCGCCUGUUCCGGGGCAAGAAGUGGAACGUGCUGCGGCAGCGGGUGGAUUCCUGCUCCUACGACCUGGACCAGUUAUUUAUUGGCACUUUGCUGUUCACAAUCCUGCUGUUCCUUCUGCCUACGACUGCACUGUAUUAUUUGGUGUUUACCCUGCUCCGCUUGCUGGUGGUGAUUGUGCAGGGCCUCAUACACUUGCUGGUGGACCUGAUUGACUCCCUGCCUCUUUAUUCCCUCAUCCUUCGCCUCUGCAGAUCCUACAGGCUCGCAGCUGGAGUGAAGUUCAGAGUCCUUGAGCAGCAGGAUGGAAAACCUCUGCGUCUCCUGAUGCAGAUCAACCCCCUCUCCUAUGGAGGUGUGGUCCAGACCUACAGACUGCCCACCUACAGCUGCUAUCCCAGGGACUCCUGGGCAUCUCUCUGCAAGAAACUCUUCCUUGGAGAGCUCAUCUACCCCUGGAAACACAAAGGAGACAAGCAGAACUAAAGACAGUGGAAGAACUUGGGAACUUGACCUGAAAAACUUAACACCUCCUAAUGCUUUGGGACCAAAGGCUGCUCAGAGCCAGCAACUGCUCCAUCCCUUUAAGCAGAUUUUGGUAACAUAGGAAGGGCUGAAUUUUUAAAGGCAAGUAUUUUUAAACGUUAUUUUUCAACUUUCUCCUCCCCUGGCCUGUGUUUAUGUAUUAUGCUAAUGAUUAUUUUGGAAGCAAAAGGUGAAACCCAUCAGUGCCUCAUGAAACCAGCACUCGGUGUCACAGAGGGAGCAGCUCCCAAAUGCUCUGGGGAUGAAUUUCUCCUUCCAGGUCAGCUCACAGGGCCAUAGCAAAUCAGCCCCUCAGGUGGUUUGGAGCCACAAUGCUGUGGUGCCUUCAGCCAGAGCAUGUUUUUAUGCUUCAGACCUCAGUCCAGCUGAUCAAAACCAUGUGGAGAAUCAGCUCCUGGAGUCCUACACUGAAAACUGAACAGCAGGGUGUCUGAGCUCAUGGGAUAUUUAUUAAUUUCUUUUGAGGAGGGCUUGCACUCACCCUCACUGCAGCACCAGAGGUGUUGGAGAGUGAGGCUGGAGGCCCAGAAGCACAGACUGUUUUAUCAUGAUUCUGUGAUUUCUCUUGGGAGAGUGCUUUGGAUACAUUUCCAAAGUGCAUGAGUGCUUGGCUUUCCAUGUUCUGGUCUCAUUUUGAUGUGUCUCCUAUUCUCUCUCUUGGAAAGGGUGCCUGUGCACUGGAGGAUGUCCCACUGGGCAUCAGUGGUUGUGUCAAAUUUAAAUACAGUCCUUACCCAAAAUACAGUCCUGACCCAAAAUACACUUCCUGCAGCUCUGCUCAUUCCUCUGCCCCAGCUCAGACAAGGCCUUUGAGGUUUCUUAGGGCCAUGUGAGGGAGGCAGGACUACAUGGGCACUACAUGGUGCCCUGUCACCCUGAGCCAGGGCAAAUCCCUGGGAAACCCAGUGUGGCAAAGCCCCCUCACCAUCUGCCAUUACUGGCUCUGGUGGGACAUCCCUGCCUGCAGAAACUGCAGAGAACAGGUUGUUCUGUGCUUAAAACUCCUGUGCAGCAUCUUCCUGUCCUGGAAUGAUCACUUCCUGAGGAAUUCUCUGCACUCCAGGUGUGAAUAACUGCAGGCUGUGAUGUACUCAGUGGAUGAAUGGUGUAAAUAACAUUUUCACUCCAGCUGAAGUCAGAGUCAUGAGCCCCAUCCUCACCUGGCACUGAGCAGAGCAGGUUUACACCUCACCUCCCUCUCAUCUUUCCUGUGGAGCUCCUAAAUGAUAUCCCCUGGUUCCUCCCACGCCUGCACAGUUCAGUUUGCUGACUGCUGUGAGAAACUUUGUUAUUUUUGGUCUUGUGAAAGUAAUGUUUCUAAUAUCCUGGCUUUUAAAAUCUGUCUGUGGGACCAGACAGUUCAUGCUGGUCCUAAUCAAGGUCCUUAGGUACAAAUGCCAUGAUAUCCCCAGAGACAGCCCAGAGCCACAAACACCAGCAUCUGUGACCUUCCUACUGGGACCCUGCCAGAUGUAUCAGAUGUUCCAGCGUUGGGUUUGUUUACUGAAGGCUGAUACUGACUCUGGCGUGGGGAAAUACCAAACCAAGGAAAAGCUCCUCCUCAAACCUGAGAUCCUGAGUCUUCUGCAAGGGAGAACCUGGAGCAGCCCAGCUGGGCCCUGGCAGCUCCUUGUGCUUGCAGUUCUGUGGCACCCAGAGUGGUGCCUGAGCUGCCUCUCUGCUCCUUGCACUGGCUGUUCUCCUUGCCUGCAGUGGUAUCUGAGCAUCUCAGUUGCUCCUGCUGGAUGUUUGCCAUGUCUCUCCUUUUCCUUUCCAGUCCCUGCUGGAAGAAUCUUCCCCCACCCUUUCCGACUGUGUGCAGGGACAUUGCAGCAGUGCAGCAGACAUCCUGCUCAGGAGCACCUGACCUUAUGUCAUCUCUCUAAUUAGAGUUAGGAUCUGCCUCAUCUUCCACAGCAGCACAGACUGGCCCAGUGCUGGCAUUUCCUCAGGGAAGAGGCUGCUGGUAAGGCCCUGGCUCUGAUUUGUCCUCAGAUCCAUGUUAUCCAGAACAGCUCUUGGAUGAGAAGUAGUUAAAAAUUCCAGUUCUCCCAUUCCUACCAUGCACCCCUUAUAGCAGGCUGCAAGCAGGCUUUGCCAGCCAUCAGUCAAAGACUCUAAUCUUACAGACUUUUUUUAAUAUUGGAUUUCCUUAUUAUUAUUUCUCCCACCUUUUGGUUCCCAGUGCUGCCACAAACCCCCUCUUUACAUAGGCAGGGGGUUUGUGAAGGAAAAUGUGAUUCACUGUGUGAAAAACUCUAUCCUAGAGAGAAAUUCUGCCUUGGAGAAAUACUUUCUUCCCCUAACCAGGACAGAGUGUGACAAUGCUGAAAGGAAACCUCAGUAAUUACUGCACUGAAAGCUCUGGUUAUGGGUUUGGGAGUUUUCCCUGAUGCUGCAGCUGGACUGUGCCCUGUUCAGGCCCACACAAAGACUCUUGCACAAAUACACAGCCUAUAUAUUGACUUCCAGUAGUUAAGGAAAACCUGCAUUUCAUCCUGCAGAAUAUGAGCUGCUUUCCUUCUGCCCUGUGCUGCCUCUUCCUGCUGCUCCAACACCCUCUUCUUGCUUAACUCUGUCCCUCAGUGGUUUAGCCUUUAUGAUGGUCACACCAUCCCAGGAAGCUGCUGGAGGUUGUGAUCAUGUCCUCCAGCCCCUGCUCAUGCAGGGCCACCCAAGGCUGGUCACCCAGGACCGUGUCCAGGUGGCUUUGGGCUAUCUCCAAGGAUGGCAGCUCCAACAACCUGUGCCAGUGGCUGAUGACCCCCACAGUGAAAGGUGUGGCUGAUCCCCCCACAGUGAAAGGUGUGGCUGAUCACCCCCACAGUGAAAGGUGUGCCUGAUCACCCUCACAGUGAAAGGUGUGGCUGGUCACCCCCACAGUGAAAGACUGUUCCUUCUCUCAGCAGGGUUUGAGGUGUUUCAGUUGAUGACUCUGGUCCUGGUGUUGUGCAGAGCUCAGUGACACCGUAACUGCUCAGUGACACCAUAACUCAGAUUGCCUCAGGAAUGUGAACAUUGGCAGUGCUGUGCCAUCUCUGCUCCUGUUCCCCCUCUUCAGGCACUGCUAGCAGCCCCUUUGCCUUUUGGGGGAUAAAGCCUUGGUUAGGGGGGUGCCUGUGCAUUGACUCAGAUCCCUUUCCUGCUCCUUGGUCCUUUUCUGGACUUGGGAGCAGAGAGCCCUUUCCUGCCACGCUCCUGCCUGUGCUGAGCUCACAGGGGGAGCAGCACCCCAAACCUGGCAGUGUCCAGGUCUGCAGGGUCAGGGAACAGCCCAGAGUUGGAGCCCUGGGCUGUGCAGGGGGAGUGUGCUGUGCACACACAGGGGAUGGCUCUGGAUCUCAGCUCAUCUCCCACAUGACAGGAGGCCACAGGGCUUCCCAGCUGGAUUGGGAGCUUUGGGUGCAGGAUAAACACGUUCAGAGCAAUCCAAGCCCCAUGUGGGCAGCUGAUCUGCCUUCCUGGAUGAGAACAGUGCCCACCACCUUUGUCUCUAGCUCACCAUUCUGCAUUAGGGGUUGCUGCAAGAGUCUGUCACCUUUGGCUCCAGCCCUUAUCCACACCUGGGCCUCAAACCAGGAAAGCCCAAACUCCCCAUUUACCAUCUCAGCAAGCUAAAUAUGAGGAGUGUUCCUGCACUGAUGAGUGCUGCAGGUGACAGAACACUCCCCUGCAUCCCAGGGCAGGUACUGGGGAGCAGUGGAGGUGUUUGGGGGAAGCUGCAGAACCCAGGCCUGGCUCAGGGCAGGGACAGGCUGCAGCUCCUCUGCCAUCCACUGUUAUUGAACAUCUGGCACUGGGAAAGUUCCUGAGAACUUCACAGUUCUUGUAAUCAUCCUCCUCACAGUGUUUUCUGGUUUUGAGUAAAGUAUUAUAAAAGA